AUUUGCUCCGCGCCGCGCGCCACCAUGUCCUCCUAUGGCAGCACAGGCUCGCAGCAGGGAGCAGACGUGGCCCCAUGCUGCGCCACCCCGACGCUGGUCGCCGCCUUGGCAGCAUCCUUCGCCUGCUGCUUCUUCUUCGUCCUUGUCUUUCUCUGCCUGCGCUUCCUCCACCUUCGCCGCACCCGGACGCCGCGCCACAGUGCGCCGCAGCCGCUGCAAGGUGAGGGACAGGCCCAGCAGCGGCCCAAGCUCGGCCUCGACGCCGCCACCAUCGCGCUCAUCCCGUCCUUCCCUUACCUGCGGGAGAGCUCGGACUCGGCGCCGGCCGAGUGCGCCGUGUGCCUCGGCGCCCUCGACGAACGGGAGAGGGUGAGGCAGCUCCCAGCCUGCAAUCAUCUGUUCCACCAGGGGUGCGUUGAUGUAUGGCUAAUGUCUAACGCGUCGUGCCCGGUCUGCCGCGCCAAGGCCGAACCGGCCGCGCCUACGCGCGCGUCGGCUUCCGUCGUGCCUGUCGAGAUGUGGGACGAGGAGACGGUGUCUUCGUCGCCAGCGGCAUCGGAAACCACGCCGGAGCGGCUUGGUGAGCGCCCGUUUGUCCCCCGCUCCGGCCAGGAAGCAGACCUGGAGCGGCAAUAA